AUGGCUCUCAGACUCCUCCCCGGGAACCCCUUCAAGCGUAUCGGCCGCCCACCCUUCAUAUUCCACUGGCGUGCGCCCUUCUUCUUCCACAUGGCUCCACGCCCAGGUCAAGAGCGCGAAGUCCACCAGGGCGUCCCCAUCCGCCCCGACUACGUCUUCGUCCCAAAGGGCGAUCCCUACAUAACCCGACACUGCCGACAACUAACCAAAGAGACGGGCCAAGACGUCUACGUCGUCGUGGUAAGCAAGCAAGCAAGCCACACACUCUCUCUCUUACCAGCCCCCAACAUCCAACGUCCACCCAAAAAAAACCCCCCCCGAGAAACCAAACCCCUCACUUACAUUCCCCCUCCACCCACGCAGGACGACCAAACCCGCCGCGGCCGCCCCCGCCCCCUCGGCCUCCGCGUCCCCCGCACCAUCCACGCCGCCGUCCUCGCCGCCGACGCCGCCACCAAGUCCGCCCGCCUCGCCGCCACCGCCGCGCGCGACGCCCGCCUCCUCGCCGACGCCCGCGCCGCCCUCGUCCGGCUCUUCCCGCGCGCGCCCCCGCAAGCCGUCGACGCCGUCGUCGAGCACGCGUUUCGCAAGAGGAGCGGACGCGUCGGCAGGGCGGGGGAUGUGGAUUUAGAGGAGAGGGUGGUGUUGGGGGUGAGGGCGCACGUGAGGCACGAGUGGACGGGGUAUGAGGGGUUGUUGAGGGCGGGGGUGGGGAGGGAGGAGGGGAGGAGGAGGGUGGCGGGGAGGGUGGAGGAGGUGGUGGGGGAGUGGCAGGGGAGGGGGACGGCGGAGCGGGUGGUGGCGGGGGAGGGUGAGAGGAGGUUGUCAGUGCGGUUGAAGGGUGGAGGCGAUGGACGGGGGGGUGGUGGUGGUGGGAAUGUGGAGGAAGUUGCUUGUGACUCGCCGAGGAGGAGUGGGAGGACGGCGGCUGCUGGUAGGGAGAGGAAGGGGAAGGUUGGUCGUGGUGGGGUUAAGAGGGGACUGCGAACGAAGCAGAGGAGGACCGUAUCUAAGCCGACGAAGGCGAGAAAGGGGUUAAGGAAGUCGGUGAAGAGGGCCACAACACGCAAGGCCAAGAAAGUGACUCGUGUUCGGUUGGCUGAUUGA